CGCUAACGUUAGCUAAGAAGAUACAAGAGAGCACAACCUUUAAUAAACAGUUCCGCGUUUUACUGAACUCAAUUACAAAUGUGAAAAUUGCUGCUUCGUCAUGUCAUUAGGUCAUUGGUGAGCUAGCGUUAUCAUUAUGCAGCUAACAGCUAACUUCUAUUACGUUGUAUUUUCUGGUUCGUGGUUUCUGCCAGCCACCCAGGCUCAAAACAAACACUUUUUUAUCGCUCUGCUCAACAUUACAACGCAAUGGUAACAUGGGAGUAAUCGACAGUCCCUGCUCAAAAUAAAAAAAACAGAGGUGCGUACAGCCUGUUUUUUCCUGCUGAAGUGUUUUAUCAUCAACCCUGUGAAGAUCAUCCCUGCUCCGGCUUCCUGAUUAUGUGAAACUGUGUCAACGACAUACAUAAUUCUCAGAAGGUGCAAUCAGAGUCUGAAGUCAAGAUGUCCAUCACUAGCACACCUACCAGCAACGAUGCCUGCCUGAGCAUUGUGCACAGCCUGAUGUGUCACCGACAGGGCGGUGAGAGCGAGACGUUUGCCAAGCGGGCCAUCGAGAGCCUGGUGAAAAAGCUGAAGGAGAAGAAAGACGAGCUCGACUCCCUCAUCACGGCUAUCACCACCAAUGGGGCCCACCCCAGCAAGUGUGUGACCAUUCAGAGGACACUUGAUGGACGGCUGCAGGUGGCUGGACGUAAAGGGUUCCCUCAUGUAAUCUAUGCCCGGCUGUGGCGGUGGCCUGACCUGCAUAAGAACGAACUGAAGCACGUCAAAUACUGCCAGUUUGCCUUUGACCUCAAGUGUGACAAUGUUUGUGUCAACCCGUAUCACUAUGAGAGAGUGGUGUCUCCUGGCAUAGACUUAUCAGGGCUGACACUGACUAAUUCUGGACCCAGCUCAGCACUGAUGGUUAAGGACGAGUACGAUUUUGAUGGGCCGCAGAGUCUGCCCUCCAUCGAGGGAGGGCACUCUAUCCAGACGAUCCAGCACCCCCCAUCCGGCAGCCGCCCGGCCCCCUCUGAACCAUUUGCGACCCCAAACCUGCUCCCACCUGCCGAGGCCUCAACCUCUGCCUCAACGUCGUCUUUCCCUGCCAUCGCUGCUGGAUCAGGCAGUGCCAGCGCAACCUGGUCUAGGAACAGCAGCUUUACCCCCAACAUACCCCACCACACCAACGGUCAUCUACAACACCACCCUCCUAUGCCACAUCCUACACACUACUGGCCGGUGCACAAUGAGCUCGCCUUUCAGCCUCCUAUAUCCAAUCAUCCAGCUCCUGACUACUGGUGCUCCAUUGCCUAUUUUGAGAUGGACGUUCAAGUCGGGGAGACGUUUAAGGUGCCCUCCUCUUGCCCCAUCGUGACAGUGGACGGCUAUGUCGACCCCUCAGGAGGAGACAGGUUCUGCUUGGGCCAACUGAGCAACGUACAUCGCACUGAGGCUAUUGAGAGGGCAAGGCUUCAUAUCGGCAAAGGAGUUCAGCUGGAGUGUAAGGGUGAGGGAGAUGUGUGGGUGCGAUGCCUCAGUGACCAUGCAGUGUUUGUUCAGAGUUACUACCUGGACAGAGAGGCAGGCCGAGCCCCUGGAGACGCUGUUCACAAAAUCUACCCCAGCGCUUAUAUCAAGGUAUUUGACCUUCGUCAGUGCCACAGACAGAUGCAACAGCAAGCUGCCACGGCUCAAGCAGCAGCUGCAGCUCAAGCAGCUGCUGUGGCUGGAAAUAUACCUGGCCCUGGAUCAGUUGGAGGGAUAGCUCCAGCUAUUAGUCUGUCAGCAGCAGCAGGUAUCGGGGUUGACGACCUCCGGAGGCUGUGCAUUCUCAGGAUGAGUUUUGUUAAGGGCUGGGGCCCCGACUACCCCCGCCAGAGCAUCAAGGAGACCCCCUGCUGGAUCGAGAUCCACCUGCACAGAGCUCUCCAGUUACUGGACGAGGUUCUGCACACUAUGCCUAUAGCAGACCCACAACCUCUGGACUAAGAUCUUUAUCACACCGCAGCGCACACUGUCAGCGGAAGGGCUUCCUCAGAGAACUCUUUGGCGUGGAGACGCCAGUGAAACAGCUGUGGACACUGAAGCGAAAAAAUACUUUGAGGUGUGUUUGAGGCACCUUUGUGCACUGUUGCUUUUUAAAGGAAGGGUGAUACUAAAAAUCAGCCAAAGCCAUAUAUUAAGAUAUAUUGAUCUAUAUUUUUGAUAGAUGGCUUUGAUUUGUGAUGACUGGAAUGGUGACUAGAAAAAAUAUCACAGAUAAUUACACUUGUAAAGCACCACAACAUGCACAUAGAUGACCUGCAGAUCCCAAGAAACUGGAAUGAGCACCGAGUCGCCGACUACUCUGCAUCCCGUAAGUCCACAACCACCAACUACUGACUGACUGAACAAUACAGAACAUCUGAGCGCUGUACAGCUGUGGGAUGAGAUGCUGCACACAGAGGAUCUCAUGUCCGGUGUCUGAGCACCAGAGUGCUGCUGCUGCUUUUCUGUCGUGUCAGUUUUUAUUCAAGCUGUUACAGACUGCUUUGCAGCUGGCGCGACAAGCACUUCAGUCAACUGUUGGGGCUAAUAUAGAAAAGCAGCGGCACUCUGAACCGCGAAGGAUCAGUGCUCGAAAGCGUUAAGGACCACCCAGCUGGAUCAGGUCAUACUUAGACAUUCACAGCCACCCACAGAUAUCACAGAGAAUUAAAUGACAUGCACUAUGCCUAAAGCCAACUCUCAACCUCUGAACUGAAACAAGGUCAAGUCUUUGGGCUACUCUAGGUCAGGUAUUGUCAAACUAUGGGGUUGGACCUUAAAAUGUGGUUGCAGGUCUGGUGGGUUUCCGAGACACCAUCAGGUCCUCGGGGGUGUUGUUGAGUUGCCCAUUAAUGAUACAGUAUAUAUCUGUGUUCACUGUGAUUUCAUUAUUUCUUCACUCACUCAAAUAACCACGAGUGACAGCAACAUACUCGUAUAAGUGAUCGUUCAUCAUUGGUCACUUUCCAACACAGCCGCCUCCCCCCUGUUUCAGGUAUGGUUACUGUUUUGGAAAACACCCUCUUUUAUGCUGCAACAAAAGAUGAAUCUCAUACGCCCUUCUGUGAACUGCUUUCCUUUCCUCACGUUCAGAGCGAGAGCAAACGAAGACAGCUGGGAUGCUGUUGGUUCAGUAAGAAAGCAGAUGAGAGGCAGAGAAAUUGAUGUGAGGUGUCUGAGAUUCAAUCACAGCACAAGGAACAGGGUUUAUCAAUGUGUUGGCAAACCAAAAGGACUAAUCGCUCAGAAACAUACUGAAAGUCUGGUAUGACCAUGAGCGAGAAGUCCAAUCAGCUGCUGGACUUGGCCCCAGUUAAGUUAAUUUGGAGGUUUCUUUGAAAUUCAUUUUAAAGGUAAUUAUGUUAAUUUGUAGUCAUCUCAGUUUUUUCUUUUUAUCUCCAAGCAUACCUGACAGUCUCUUCACUCUAGUUGAGAAUCAUUAUACUUAAAUAUCUUAUGACUUGCAGCCCACUUAUUUACUACUUGAUCCAGGUCUCCUGUGUAUAGUUUACUAAGAGAAUUUAAGACAAAGUUUCCCAGCAAUAUUGAUAUAUUUUCUUGGUCUUAUUUUGUAACUUUUAUUAAUUGAUUUGUAUUAUAUUUUUUAGCACUUUAUUCUUUUUUUUUUCUCCUUAUUUUUAAUUCAAUAACCUUUAUUUUUAGGUGGUUGUCCUGCAAUAUGAAUAAGGGAGUGAUUAGGUUGGUUUAAAUUUUAUGUAGGAUUGUGAUGCAUUAUGUAUUUAAAACAUAUGUAACACUAAGACAUGGUUUUAAAAUCUGUUUUUUGCCCUUUCGCUAUACAGGCAUUUACAUACAUAUGUAGGGUUUCUUUUCUCUGAGAUGAGCUGCAUUCUUUUCCUUUGGUUGCAUUUUUUCCCCCUUUUUAAUCCAUGUAAAUAACUUGUUUGUUUUUGAAACGCAUGUCAAUGUUUGCAUGAAUUUUAAUGGCAAAUAGACCCCUUUAUCCCCACCCCCAUUUUUUAAGUAGAGUACUUCACUUGCCCUGCAUUACACAGGCAAACUGGACUAUCUGAGGAGAGUAGAAACCAACACCUCCUGUGUACUGGCGUGUUGCUGGUUUAUAAGAACCGCGUUAAAAACGCUACAUAUUCAUCACUGAUGUAAAUUAUCCAGUUUUAUUAUACAAACUCAUCAUUUUAGCAGUGAAACCUCCUAAAGAAGGCAACUUGUCUCCCAAGACCUAAUUUUGUAUAAAUACAGCAACUCCCAUCACUUAUUAGUGUGCAGACUCUCUUUGGAAGUAAAAUGAGUACAAGGAUGAGAUUUUCUCUCACAGGCUUUGAAAUAAGCAAUGGUGGUUUGACAAACAGAAAUAAUUUCAUUUCCACAUGAAUCCCCUCUCCAUGGCUCCUGCGCUGCAUGUGACACAUUGUGGUGUUCUGUUUGUUUUUUAAAAGGCAUUUGUUAUAUAGUACAUCCACAUUGAUUAGGAAUACAGAUUUAAUUUACUCGCCUCAUGUUGAGACUCUUAAACAUCUGUUUAUGCAUGUUGUUUUCUUUUCACACCAAACUGCCAUACAGUAUAUUCUUCCUGAUCUGUUAACAUAUGACAUGUCUCUAAACAGGUGUCCUUUUUUGAACAAUGCUGUCUUGGUGGGUUACAGCUGAAAUGCAAAAAGACAAAUUUGAUUUAUUUAAGGUUUAUUUAAAAUUUGGGGUCUUUUUGUCAUAAGAAAUUGUCCAUUAUGCUAUCAAAUUGCUCCCCCUCUGCCCCAUCUUUGAACAUUUCACUUUAAUUUGAAUGUUAAAAAGUUUCUUACAUCAGGGAUUAAAUGAGUCCAACUUUACGAAUCUUUUUUUUUUUUACAUAAUUAUGCAUCCGAUUGAUGAAAUGGCAGGAAACAGGAUAUUUUCUAAUUAUGUUAGUAUGUUAGCUGAAUUCUGUCUGGAGAAUUAAUCUGUUAUCUUCUGUGCUUUAAGGUGGACAGAUGUUUUUAUAUUAUUUGCAGUUAUUAUAGGAGCCUAAGGACACAGCUUAAAUGAGUUGAUGUUGACUACUAUGACAGAUUGCAGAUAUAAAUUUUACCUGAGAGUCUGUAAUUAUUAAACAUGGAGUGAUAUUCUCAAA